AUGCUCUGUAUGGACACUUCGAGAAAAUACCAAUCGGUCACUACGAGUAACAACAAUAACAACAACACGACUCCAAACUCACAGAACUCUAAAUCGACUGAAAACACUUCGACAAUUAAACGUCCAUCGUUGGCUAAUCGAAAACCACCGCCUCCUCCAUAUUCAGACGAAGACAAUUUUGAAAAUGCCAGUAGCACAAGUACUCUCACAUCAACAUCCCCAACGACAAGCUCUCAAUCAUCAAGUUACUCACCUCCAGGAUCAGUUCCAACAGCUUCAAAACCACCCUCCUCAUCAUCUGUGAACGAACCUGAGGUUGAUGACUCGUCGGUUGUCAAAGAAAGGCAACAGAGAUAUGAUCUGUUGCGUCUCCUCGAAAUUGAAGACCAAGUUGAUUCGCAACGACUGACUUGCACAGUGGAAUUUGUCGAUGAUUACUUACUGAGAAUAUCACAACAAGUAAGAAUCCCAAGAUAUGCCCACAAAAAACUUCCACCAAAACCUCCCGUUAAUGCUUCUUCUCCCACCACAAGCUCUUCCUCUUCCUCCUCUCCAAGUGCCGAUGAUCAAUUAUUCAAGGAGUCAAUUCCUACUUCGCAAAGCACCAAUGUACUUGACCGAUUGGAAAAAGUUGACACCACCACAGAAAAACCAAUACGAAAAUCUCUAGUUGCCAGUCGAGUGCUUGCCUUUCAAAAUCCCGUAAUUUCUAAAAUUGCUAAACCAAUAGUAAGACAACCUUUACGGAGUAGCGACACUUCAUCCAGAUCUGGCACAGCAAGUUUAGGUGGGACCGAAUCGUUGUCACGUUCGAACCUCCUUGCUCCUCCUCCUGUUCCUCCAAAGUCUUUAAAGCCAAAAAGAGACCUCUCACCAUCAACAUCCGAAGAUGUCACACCUUCAUUAUUUCAAAUCCCUCAAAAGAAUCCAUCCCCCUUAAGUAGUGAAGAAGAAUCAGCAUCUAACUUACAAGCUACCUUUACCCCUGAACCAAAAAUUCAACGCGAGAAAAUCACCAAGAGAACGUGUGCUUGGAACUCACCUGCAAAAUAUAAUCAUGUUGACAUUUUACACUGGUUAUUGGAUUGUUGCUGUGAUGAAACAUGCCCACAAAGCCCAUCCACUCCAUCAUCAGAUUCCAUGGAAAUACAACAUUCAAAUAAGUGUAUUUCUAGACAAAAGAAGCUGUGGAAUCUCCAAGAUAAGCAAGGAAUGACUCCGCUCUAUUAUUCUGUCGCUGGAAACGAUCUUGGACAGAAAACACUUGAUACCUGCGCAUUUUUGUGCAGUCAACCUGUAGUUCAAGAGAAACAACUUAAUUUCUUAAUUGACCCAUAUGGAAAUUUACCAAUCGUUCUCGCUUUGAAACGAAAGGACUUGGAAUUGGCCGAUAUGUUACAAUUAUUUGGAGCGAAAUUGGAUAUUACAGUCGGUAUUGGUGUGCUGGGAGAAAGUUUACUUCAUAGCUCCUUCCGAGAUUGUGAGGUACAAGUGAGCGAAUAUAUUAUCAAAGCAAUGCCAAGAUUAAUAUUCAAAAAGAAUCAAAGAGAAGAACACGCCUUGUUUGCUUGUCUCAGAGAUUACAGAUCCAUUAAUACUCACUCUUCGAAUUCAUCAUCAAACUUUCUUGAACUAACUGAGAGAAAAACAUAUUCAGAGAGAAGACAAAGCAGUCUUGUCUUUACAAAUACUGCUACCAGUCUUACCAACAACAACAAGUACUUUUUAUUCUUAAAGCAUGUUCUGAUGAAUGGAGAACAAUUAUUUGGAACCGAAAUUUUUGAGAAAGCACUUUUAAUGAAGAACGCAUUUGGAAACAACAUACUCAUGCAAGCUGUUGCAUUUAAUGAUGUGGAUUCAUUUAAAACCAUUUGUCGAUAUUUGUUUGAGAGCUCUAUGAAGAAUGCAGAAAAACGCAAAUUGCUGACGAGCUUGGCUCUCGACAAGGAUCGAGAUGGAAGAACCAUUCUUCAUUUGAGUAUUGAUUUUGCCAUCAAAAUGCUCUCUAAAAAACCUGAAGACUUUUUGGCAUGGUCCAAUGGAUUCGAAUGGCUGUUUGUUUGGCUUGAACAGAAUUUCCUGUAUCUUGCCGACAAAGUUCAAUAUGCAAAAUCACAAUCACUAUAUCAUUUCCUCAUGCAAAAAGAUAAUAGUGGAAAGACUGUGUUUGACAUGGUUGCUACACAAGAUGUCAAGAAAACUGAAUGGAAAAACAUCAAAGAAAGUCUUCAAGCUGCAGCGGAUAAGUGGAUUCAUGACAGGUCUGUCUCUGGUACUGGAGCAGCUCUUGACCUUACUGAAACAACUGAAAAACAAUCCUUGAUGUCUCUGUUCAAAAACAAGAUAAAGAAAUCAAGCAAGUAG